AUGAUAAUAGUAAAAAUAUUCAUUCUUAUUGGAUUUUCUAGUUUGGUUAAAUCAAAAAUCAUUUAUAUGCAUAACUUGCCUUUGGGAGAAUACCGUACGGUAUUUGAGAAAGUAUAUUCAUGUCAAUCGUCAAAUUUAAUUCAAUUUAAUGUUUAUUUUAAUAAAAGAAAUAUAACUGAAGUAAAAGGAAAUUUCUACGCUGACGAUAGUGUUCUCUAUUCAAGCUCCAGUGACGUCAACAUUUUUGAUAUAAACGCUGCAUCUUGGAGUUUAACUGGUGGUUGGAAACCAAUUUCGAUUGUUUAUGUAUCAAAAAAAGCUUGUAGUAGUUUGAAAAUGUUCGCAGGAAAUGCGUGGUAUUCAGUAAUAAAGGCUUUUAACAUUCCUAGAACUAGUUGUCCAAUUCCUCUGGGUUCAUAUAUAACAUCAGGUUUAGAUUUGAAAAAAUUAGAAAAACAUAAUUUUCCCAAGAUGUACUUUUAUGGAAAAUAUAAAAUGGCAUUAAAGAUAAGAAAUGAAGAAAAUAAGUAA